CUUCUCCGCGGUGUUGGCCUUGCGCUUGGCGGCGUCCAGUAGUUUCGUUUCCCAGCAAACCGAAACGCCAUCCAGGUCUCGUGUACAGCGUAACCUAUAUCAGACGUAUUGCAUGUCUUUUCCUUCUUUAUUUGAUUGGCAAGAUGGUGAAUCCGUUUUCGGCCGCCGCUCUGGUGUGCUUCACCCUUUUUUUGUAUGAGGGUCUCGGUUGUUGUACCGGUAGUCGAGCAAUAGUGACCGAGGUGUUGGAAUCUGUACCGGCAAUAAACGAGACGAAUGUCAAGAAUGGAGAAACCGCAGUCUCAAGCUCAGCCAGACUGGUUACAGGGAACCAGCUAGGCGGACGCGGUGGAGGCGGCUUGAAGAAAUCAGGGAGAAAAAGCCACGCCAAAGAGACAACGGCGCCGUCACGUCGUUCAACACAGACUAUUGCCGCCACGGUGGGCGUUUUGCUGGCAUCCGUCUUCGGCCUACUUCUGGCUUCUGCCAAGCUCAUGCAGUGCCCACAGGGAAGCAUCCGUGGCGAUGCUGAAGGAAACACAAGACGGAGACUUGCAGAAGGCGGUUAUAGCGGCGAAAAAUGUGUAAGCUAGGUUCCCAGAGCAACAGGAUGCAGGUAGUGUGUUCAUCCUUUUCAGUGAGAACAGGACUCGUCCUUACCAACCCUCCAACGCUCCAGGGCGACCCUUCGACAAUUUGCACCCAGCAUCUACAGCAAAAAUAACUGUUCAUACCAACUGGAUUUCAAGAUUCUCCCCCAGCAGUGCGGUUUUCUCGGUCAACUUCAUCUCCGGUGACACGCAAGUUCUAUGUACUACGCUCUGGCGAACGGUUUUCCAUAAGAAGUGUGAUGCUUCAUGUGUGGCACUUUCCCAUCGCCAUUACGUUUCCCUGGCUCUCAAGGGGGUGGUACCAAGACGAUGAAAGAGGUUGAACCAGCAAGUAGAUGCCGGCGACAGGUUAGGAUUGGCGACAAUCUACUGGGGGCCGUCUGAAUGCAACCCCAAGCGCACCACCCUUGUGACCUAUAACAACUGGUUUGCUUGAUGGAACUGAUUAACAAGCCAACCACUGUAACUGACAGAAUAGUGGAGCCAGUCGGGGCCCGAAUAUCCCCAUCCUCUCUUGCUGCCUCAGGGGCAAUACGCACCACAUCUGACUUCUUGACGAGCUUCACCCAAUGCUUGGGUUGCGGCAGGGAUCAGCAGUAGUUCCUGUUGGUGUGGCAUUUUGUGUCUGCCUCGUCACACUGGACCCGUCUACAGACACCGCUGCCGGAGAGAGUGUCUCACGUGUCGGCUGCAUCGCAUCUGUUCGGUCGGCAGCGUGGCGCGGUGCUUUGCUCCAGCUU